AUGUUUUAUAGUAGGACUUCCUCGAACGACAGCCGGCCCACCUUUUCGGGUGGGUCCGGCACACCGGGCGAGGAGGAAACAGGUAUGUCCCCCUCCCAGACUGAACUGACGACCGACAGCAGUGAAGAAAGCCAACAGUCGACUGAAGAAGGCCCCGAGUCCACGGAGCAAGCUAGCCUGAGAUCAGCCCGGGCGAAACUGGACAAAGCGGACUACGACAACGUAGGGUGUACUCUGACGGGGGCGGAAUUCCGGGCCCUUCUGAAGGAACUUGCGCGAAUUGAAGGCCACCCUUGCCCGGCUUGCCUGCAAUCAGCCAAGAAUAUAUUGCAGGAAGCGGGCCAGGUCCUGACAGCAGCGAACGUUUCGGCCAUUCUGAACGGACUUCAGCCACCGGUAGAGCAAUCCUCCACACCCUCGUCCGCCGAUUCCAUGGACUUGGAGUAUUCUCUGGAUUUCCUUAAACUUCUUGGGGACUAUGCAGGCCGCCUGUGGAAAUGCCUGAGAAAAUCUGCAGUAAUUCUGGACCUGGACCUGCCAGAUCGAGUUGGGACACUUCGCGACUUCCUGCGCGACGACUGUGAUAUGGAUGGCCUGUGGACCCUUGACCUCCAACACUGUGUCGAUUAUAUGCGCGAGGAAGGAUGCCAAGUCACUCUCGAAAUGGCAAGGUUGGCAAUCGACAUCUAUGCGGCAAGAAAUGAGGCUUGCCAUGCAAAGAUCGGCGAUCCCUCUAUUGCUCACGACCGGCGGCUACUGGGCCGGACUAUCGAUGAGAAUAUCAGGGAGCUCCGCCGAAUAUUGCCAGGGAGACUCAAAGACAGCCGCAAGGAUUUGGAAGCGCUAAUGAACUUCUACAGAGACAGUAGAGACUGGCUUGCGGAGCUCAAUGACCGGGAGGAGUCCCAUCGUCAGCUCGCCCCUGCAGAGUUGCCGCCGCCCGCCGAAACCAACGAUGCCUUCAGGGGAAGAAGGUCCGGUUACGUGUCGCCCGUCAAAUCACGGUUUGUCUCGCCGAGUAAGAGGACGGCUUCCGGGUCCUUGAAGUUGGCUCGAGACGACCCGACGAGUUUCCGUCCUUCAGAUCCUGUCGACGAGAGUCUUCAUGUCAGCAAUGGCAUUCGCGAAGACAUAGCAAAGUUGAAUUGA